UCUGUGCCAUAGGUAUUGCUUUAAAAUUUAUUGAUAUAAUACAAUCCACAGUUUAACAGUCAAUCCAUGUCUGUUCAAGUACAGCCUGUCUUUACAGGGGUACAUCACCUUUUUGACAGAUAUCUGGAUUUCAGAUCAUAAAGCUCAGAUCUAAUAAACUUGCAGGAAAUCUUAGUAAUGACAGAAUCAGUUCCUUUAAAGUAUACAAGAUGGACAAAAUGGUUUAAACCACUUUUUUGCUUGCAUUGUGGCUCUUGGGCUAUUAACAUUUGCUCCACACAAAGAUUUCAGACACAAUGAACUUUUCCCUCCAACACAGUGGGAGCUAUUCUACAGAUACCCUCUCACCCACUGGCUCAGCAGUAGCACCCUUCCCCUCCAGAGAAAGGUCCUGUGAUGUAAUCCCACCCACAGGCUGCCCUAUAAAAGACCUGGCUAGAAAAUUACAUUUGCAUUUUUGUCUGGAUCUUCCUUCUACUGUCUGGCAAUGCCUGUGGAUUUCAGCGGAACCUGGAACCUUGUCAGCAAUGACAACUUCGAAGGUUAUAUGGUGGCCUUAGGUAUUGACUUUGCAACACGCAAAGUAGCAAAAAUGCUGAAGCCUCAGAAAGUGAUCAAACAAGAUGGUGAUUCAUUCUAUAUCCAUACCACUAGCACAUUCAGAGAUUAUUUGCUUGAAUUCAAAGUUGGAGAAGAGUUUGACGAAGAAACUAAAGGCUUGGAUAACAGAAAAUGCAAGAGCCUUGUUACCUGGGAAAAUGACAAACUUGUCUGUGUCCAGACUGGUGAGAAGAAGAACAGGGGCUGGACUCACUGGCUUGAAGGGGAUGACCUCCACCUGGAGCUUCGUUGUGAGAAUCAAGUCUGUAGACAGGUCUUCAAGAGAGCUUGAGUCUGUGUGGUGUGCUGGGUCCUGCCUGCAGGGACAGCUCUGCACAGGAGCCUCAUGUCCAGUGAGGACUCCAUGGACAACAACUGACUCCUGUGCCUAUGAACCCCAAUGAUCUGAAGUUUCUGGCUCAAGAAAUAAGUCUGCUGUUGCCAGUGUCAAAGGUCUGAUUUUUGCUAAUAAAUGCCCCAAAGUAGUCUUGA